GCUACCAGCUCCUUGUUUGCAUGCUACAAAUAUAUUACUAUAGCAACCAUUCUUACAUCUUUCAGAGAGACCAGUGAGUGGUUGAUGCAAAUCCUGAAAUUCGAAAACUUUUUGAAGGCUUUAAAUUUAAUAGAGAGGAAUCAUGUCUAAUGCUUUCCCAAAACCAAAGGAAAUUGUCGGGUAUCCUGACAAGGAGGAGUCGUCCUCAUUCUCGGCUAGAAGGGUAUUGGUCCACCUUCCAGCCCAGGUCACAGAGAUACCACACAGGGAAGCGAUUCUCAAAGUUGCCUCCAUGCCAGACAACAGCCUGCUCGCAGUGGGACAGGACGGCUUGGUGUCCCUGUGGUCUCCAGAGCUCAAACUCAAGAAAAUCAGAUCAGUGCUUGAAGAGAACAAACAGCCGUCCAGAACACCUAAAUGGAUUGCAGACACAACUUUAAUGCCUCAGUACAACAAACUUGUGAUUGGUACCUGUGAUCGUGAGUUACGCCUUUAUGACCUCUCUAACUUUGGACUGUAUUUCCAAAUCACAGGUCUUGAAAGCAUGCCUUUACAGCUAGACUACAGUUACAAAGACAAAGAUGAAUGCAUAUUACUAUAUGGCGAUGACCAGGGAUGUGUCAAUAUCAUUGUAAUAACAAGAGUGGGGGAGACUCUGAGAAACUGGUCAAAGAGUCAGCCAGUAGAGGGGAUUCCUAGUGUUUCUAUUGAGGCUAUCACCGAGGGGGGAGCGGUCAGCUACACCCGUUGGAAGGUGCACAAUGACUGGGUCACAAAGAUCAAAUACUGCCACUCUAUUCAAUCAGUGAUAUCCAGUUCAAAUGACGAAGACACAUCACUGGUAAUAGGCACUGUUACUGGAACCAAGAAUGUCCUCCAAAGACUGAAGGAGAUGUCAGAUGCUGGUAGUGUGAAAGACAGACCCCACCUGCAGACAGGCUCCUCUGCGCCUCACAGACUGAGCUCAGAUGAGUCUGUCUUCAAAGCCUACAAAGGAGUGAAAACCUUUGACUUCUCCAGGGAGAGCAACCUGCUUGUGACAGGAGGAUUAGACCGAGCCAUUCGCCUGUGGAACCCCUACAUUCCAGGGUGGCCUAUUGGUUUACUGCAGGGGCACAAUGCACCUGUCAGCUUCCUGCACAUCAGCACUGAAGAGAGCAGGAUCUAUUCAGUUUCCACGGACAACAAUGUUAUGGUGUGGGAUAUGGAAGACCAGAUCUGCUUAGCCAGUAUCAUAUCUAGAGCCAGUCAGAUCAGAGGAGAGCUGUCAGCCUGCUACUUCUCAGAGGAGCUGGGAGCUAUCUGCAUUGCCACUGACACUCUCGCUCUACUGCAGUUCAGGCACAAUAAAACAGAACUCAGCAAUGCCUCCACCUCACACAAGAGGCCUGUCCUGUGCUGCCGCUACAUCAAGCAAUUCCAACACGUCAUUAGCUGCUGUGAGGGCUCUGUUUUCAAAGUAUGGGACCUCAUCACAGGAGCCCCUGUUUUUGAAUUCAGUGGUGUGCAGGCAAAGGCUGCUGUUACCUGCAUGACUCUUGACAUCAGUGGAAAAAGGCUGAUUACUGGGAGUCGUGACGGCUCCGUGAGGAAGUGGGAUUACAGCAGUGGUCAGUGUGUAUCAGUACUCAGACACGCGUCCAACAUAGCUGAUGAAGUCAACAGCUGCAUCCAAGUUGAAAUACACAGCAACAGGUAUAUAAUAUCUGUUGGUUGUGAUAGACGGAUCAGCAUUUUUCCAGAUCACCAGGAUGGUGCAAAUGGUAUUGAGGAUCUAGGAUCCCAGUGGCUACAUCAAGAGCCCAGCCCCCAUCGAGAGGAGAUUGUCAGUGUGUCCCUGUGGCCCCCCAGUCUCCUCGCCACUUCCAGCUGUGCUGGGGAGCUGCUCGUGUGGAACCUCAUUUCGGGGAAUGUCUUCACCCGGCUUGGCUCUGCAGACACAGCACCACUCAGGGAGGGCACAGAUGAUCUGAAUAUUUGCAGCGUUCUCUUCAUCCCCUCAAGGGGUCCCAAUCAGAAGACUGCAGCAUCCUUGGUAGCCAGUGGACCUGGAGGAUGUAUUCAUUUCUGGAAUAUAUUUGGUGGUGGAAAACUCUUUGGACAGUUCAGUGGAUCUCCACAGAAAGCCACAGUUGUUGCCCUGACUCUCAGUGGAGACGACACCUUGCUGUUUGCUGGAGAUCGGCUGGGCUUCGUUUACAUCUGGAAUAUUCAAGACUAUGCGCAGAAUGCUCCCGAAACCACCCUUCCUCCGUUGUUACACAGCUGGAGAGCACAUACCUGCAAUAUCACCAGCGUUGAGUUUAUCCCCGAGUGGCAGCUGCUUCUCACGUCUUCCCGUGACUGUCAGCUGAGGCUGUGGAGCUGCCAGGGGGAACUGAUCGGUAUGUUUGGUGAGAAUGAGCACUGGGAUGUGAAUGAGAAGGAGUCCUGGAGCAGGGAGCUCACAGAGGAGCUAAGGACUGCCUCUGGAGACCUUCCUGUGCAGGAGCCAGCGAGCAGCAGACCAGAGUCACCUACCACCAGCAAUCCUGCAGACGGAGACAGCGGGAAUCAGCUGAACACGUGUCAGGAAUCUACCUCCUCUACAAACGAGUUGGCAAUCGAAGAGGAGCUGGAGCUGUAUCAAUACAAUCCCAGAGUUCAACGGGUUCAUCUGAAGCAGGUGGAAAUCCCUCAGGUGUGUGGGAGGCUGAUGACAUUCCACUCUCUGCAUUGCCAUGAGCUGGCUGACGUCCACAAUGCCAUCCACAAGCCCUGCCCGGCAGCAGAGCUCAACGAUCCUUACGACUUCUCUUUCUAAUGACAUUAUCAUAUUGACAGUCAUAUUAGAGUGCAUUAGUAAUUAAUAAUCAGGAAACUUGAUGGAACUGAAGGGGUUUGUAUGAAAUCAGAUCAGUGUGAGUUUUCACCUUUUAGAGCUCUACCUACUAUUACCACAUUCAGUAAAUGCAUUUAAAUAAUUUUUCUGUUCUCUUACUGCAUUGCAAUCAUUAUCUAGAUAAAUUACAUUUUAUUUGUAUACCGACUACCAGGCAUUACCAUUACUAUCAAUGCAUCCAUGUGUCCUGUUUGGUGUUGCCCUAUGUGCGUAAAGUGGGACCCACAUUUGUGUAAAAAUACAACCGUUUAUUAUUAAUAAUAAUAAUAAUAAUAAUAAUAAUAAUAAUAAUAAUAAUAAUAAUAAUAAUGCUGCAUUAUAAAGUGGCAGCAUCAUUUGGUAUCUAUGCUAGGACAACAACAACUAAGCAAAAUCUAGGAGGAAAGCAGGCAUGUUGGGUUGGGAACACUUAAUUGAAACAAGUUUUAAAAUCGUAAAAGCUGUUGUGGUUUGUAUAAAAUGAAAAGAUGUGUCAGAUAUAAAUACUAUAAAAUGCAGUGUAGAGGUAAGAAAGAUCAGGUUUAUGUUUCUAAAACGACUGCCGUUAUGGUCAUUGAAAAACUAAAAGUAUCUCAACCCUGCCACUCUUCGAUCUACAGUUUAUGCUGCCCCAUCGCCCUGGAUAAGGGCACCUGCUAAGAAAUAAAUAAUAAUAUUAAAUAAGGUAAAUGUGCCAGUUUCCCCAGGCUUAUUUUGUUUAAAUUAUCUUGUAUACAGUUUACUUAUAAACCCCUUAAUGAAGAAAAACAGCAGAGUUUGAUUUUUGUAAUAUUUAAUACCUCGUUUUGGUAUUGAAUAAUUACACAGCUGCAAUGGGAGAUGAACUGUAUUUCACUUUUGCUUAAAGCUGAAAAGACAGAAGCUGCCAGUUAGACAUGUCAAACAACUGGAACUCUGCAUCAACACGGAAUAUGUCCAAAUUAGGGAUUCCGUUAACACUGGAGAGAGAGGGGUGGUCUUACUGUUGUUUACAGUGAAGGCAAGACCAGGAAAAGCCUGGGAACCAAACCAGUAUGUAUGUGAACGUUGAGAAUUAAUAAACUGCAAUGUGAUUUAGUGCUUCCAAUUUCUUAAAUCCAGAAGAGAGGAGUGAAGGUUAAUGGAAACCCUGUGGUUUAAUCUUAAUGACUGACGUUUCCAGUGAGAUGAUACUGUUUAGCAUCACACCAAUCAUUGAUACAGAGCAGAAGGGCUUUGACAAACCUGACAGUUUCUUAAUUCACAAAUACUUGGCCAGUACACAAUGGAUCUAAAGUUUUUACACCAACAGUUUUCAAAGUGGUCCAGGCAGUUCUGUUACAGCUUUCAACAAAAUAAUAACAAAAGCUGUCAGAUAUUAACCAGUUCAGUGCGGUUGAGCACGGUUGAGCACACUUGGAAGCUAGGCUAAAAAGCUGUCACCUGGUCUGAAAUUAGCACAGCAUGUUAUUUGCAGCUAUACAUACUUGGGUUGCAGAAAAUCAGACAAACUGACAGAAGAACCCUCACCAUACCAGCCUUGAUUUCAGACAGCUGAUUGCCUUACAAAUGCAAUUAAUAAAAAAUGUAUCCAUGAAAGACACGAUGUAAAUACAUUUUUGCACAUUCCCUGAACAAAACAUGUUGGCCCAUACUUACUUACCCGUACUUUAAGUAUUCCUUGGUUAAUUAAUUCAUAUCAGUGCAUAACAAAGCCUGUCACCAGACACUUUAUUCUGCUUAUGACAGCCAUAUUGAACAUACAAAGUAUUUGCCGUAAUCGCAAGGUCUGAACACCUACAGUGCUCAAGUUCAGUGCAAACACUUCAACAUGCAACUCAGCAGCAGUGUGGAGUAGUGGUUAGGGCUCUGGACUCUUGACCGGAGGGUCAUGGGUUCAAUCCCUGGUAGGGGACACUGCUGCUGUACCCUUGAGCAAGGUACUUUACCUAGAUUGCUCCAGUAAAAACCCAACUGUAUAAAUGGGUAA